AUGGUGAAGGCUAGAGAUGGAGACACUGAAAAGACAGAUCUGAGAAAAGGUUCUUGGACCCCUGAAGAAGACCAAAAAUUGAAAGCUUAUGUUCGUCGAUAUGGCAUUUGGAAUUGGGCUCAGAUGCCAAAGUAUGCAGGUUUGUUGAGAACGGGGAAGAGUUGUAGACUUCGUUGGUUGAAUUACCUAAGGCCAGAUAUAAAGCGUGGAAACUUUACUGAAGAAGAAGAACAAAUCAUAAUCAAGCUGCAUCAAGAACUGGGAAAUCGAUGGUCCCUUAUUGCCUCACGACUGCCUGGAAGAACAGAUAAUGAGAUUAAAAAUCACUGGCACACCCGCUUAAAUAAGAAGCACCUGCAAGAAACACAAGGGGCCGCUAUUAUGGCCCACCAGAAGGAUUCGUCUGAAGCCGGUUCCUCACCUAUCAAUGAUUCAGAUGCAUCUAACUUCGAUAGCUAUGAGGCUCCUCCAGUGUCCUCACAAAUGUUAACUGAUAAUCAUUCUUCAUCAAGUCCCGAUCCUACUAGUGAUCAAAGUUUCGGAAUGCAGAUCCUGGAAGAGAACAUCGAUUUAUUUGAAACGUAUGGAGAUCUUCAAAGUUUAUUGGACGAGUCAUUUCCGAUGGAAGGAUUAGACAUGGACGAAUGUUAUGGGGCUUCAGGUCCCGGAUUUGUGGUUCCAACUUCUCAAGAAGAGUUUUCAGAUGAAGAACUCCAACAUUUAUUGGAUCAAACGUUUCCAGGGGAGACUUCGGGAGUGGCGGAUGGUCAAGGAGGGUUUGCAUAUGAAGAAAUUCAAAAUUUAUUGGAGCAGGAAUUUCCAGUAGAGAAUUUAGACGUGUUGGAAGACUAUGGGGCGGGUUUAGACCCUGGACCUAUUGUAACAACAACUCCUCAAGUGGGGUUUUCUAAAGCAGAACUUGAGAAUUGGUUGGAGCAACCAUUCUCGAUUGAGAACCUAUCUGUGGAGGAAGGUUAUAAGGCUAUUAAUGACCCUGAAAUUGAAGAAUUAACUUCUCAGUGGGGACUUAAAAUUAAUCCAUGUGCAUUUGCUUCCAACUACAAUGGUGGCAGUGAUUUCUGGCCCUGUUAUCUGAUGGAAGUUAAUCAUAAUGGAAUGGAAUCUAGCAGUCUGUUUAACUGA